AUGGCCGCCAUGCUACCAGGAACAGGCGGUGGUAGCGCAAGGACUGCUAAUCCCUAUGAAUCUUAUGACAACCCAGUGGAGGAGGACGACCUGAUUGACCCUGAUGAUGCCACAUUAGACGACAUGGACGACCCCAUCAAUUCCUCCGAUCGAGCUCCCCUGACGGGCAACAUCAGUUCAACACAAGCCAACCAAAAUACACGAGCGGCCAACAAUGCGCAAGGAUAUCUCAACUCAGCAGUAGCUGGUGAAGACAGGCGGGCUCCAGUGGACACAAUCGACGAAACUGUUUGGGAGACUCUUAGACGAGAUCUUCUGGCAGUAUGGGAGAAGAUGCGACAGGUGCUUUAUCCAAAGUACUUGCUGGGUGGCAUGAUGUCGCGGGCCGAGGGUGCGGAAGAGCAAGGAAUGGCCCAACAAGUCAGAGGUUUGGUGGGCAGAUGGCCGGACGCAGACACUGUACUGCAGGGAGGGAUGAGCGAAGGGCUGAGAGAUUGGGAUCUUUGGGGACCUCUGCUCUUUUGCCUACUUCUCUCAUUUUUGCUGAGUCUGAACGCAAGAGCAGACCAGCGUUCGCUCGUCUUCAGUGGUGUAUUUGCUAUGAUCUGGAUCGGCGAAGCGGUCGUUACGCUGCAAAUCAAGCUUCUGGGAGGCAACAUCUCCUUCUUCCAGUCUGUAUGCAUCAUCGGCUACACACUCUUCCCAAUGGUCAUUGCCUCAUUACUCAGCGCGCUUGGAAUACCCACCAUCGUUCGUAUACCGGUCUACAUCGUUCUGGGUCUCUGGUCUCUAGCUGCUGGAGUUAGCAUUCUGGGCGGGAGCGGCGUUGUCAAGAACAGAGUAUCAUUGGCAGUGUAUCCGCUGUUCGUCUUUUACGUCGGCGUGGACUGCUUGUGCUUCAUCUCCUGA